UAUAGCAGUCCUUCCGCUCUUCCAUUUGUAUUUGCCGUGAAGUUUCGGUCUUCAUCUAGUGGAAAUUCGUAGUGUAAUCCGAGACACCGACGAUUCGAACAGAGACGGCAGCUGUUACUUUCAUUUUUGGUGCGGUUGCAGCCCUGUUGUUUGAUCAAGUUUGCAGUGUUGCCAGCAGAGCGCGCCAACGGCAACUCAAUAAAAUCCAAAGAGCGCCGGACGGGCGGUGUUCCGCGAAGCGUGAUGAGUUUGACAGCUCCCGCGUACUGAACGUUAUUCAAAAGUCGAAAAUCGAUCGAGAGAUGCGGCCGAAAAAAAAUCCUUAACACGUUUCCGUAUGCAUCCACGCAAGAUCGUCUAAUAUGGGAGAAUGGUUGGUCGUAGAAUCAUCACACUGAUACUUUUUCUGGCAGCAUGGCACGAAGCAGUAACUUUAGUGCCAGUACGCUCCGUGGCUGUAGACAUUGGGCAAAACUUGACUUUGGCAUGUGCAGAAGAGGAUGCACUACCACAGUCAGGAGAGUCUGUAGGAGUGAUGUGGAUAAGGGAGGGACGCGAAGAUGGACAAAUUGAGCGUCUAAAAGUUGAGCCUAAUGGAGCUUUGGAACUUCUUAAUGUCAGUGCACAUGAUGCUGGAAACUAUUCGUGCACUUUAGAUGAUGAUCAUGAUGCUGUCAAAACUAGAGUCAAUGUACAAGUUAGAACUCCUCCUCCAGCUUUACACAAUGUAUGGGUAAAACCGUCUACGAUAUUGGCAAAUAUUCUUUGGGAAGUAGCUGACACAGGUGGUUAUCCUAUCAUAGAUUUCACUGCCGAAUAUCGUCUUAAACCGAGUGUAGGUGAAGAACCUGAAGACUGGAAGCCUAUUGUUCCAACGCACAUUCCACCAAAUUCAAGGCAAAUUGAUGUAUAUCACUUGGUGCCAAACACGACUUAUUCUUUUCGAGUGUGGGCAACAAAUCAGCUGGGAAGAGGAGAAAUUGUUGAAGUUGAAGGUCACACUCAUCACAGUAUUGAAGAACUAGAACUUGCAAGACAUCUCUUAGCAGGUGUAGAAAACUUUGAUACUCGUGUCUGGGUGGCAGCAGUAGGCAUAGUUAUGGGUACACUUAUGAUUCUUGGUAUAGGUACUUGUUACCUCCUCUAUCGUGAGUGCAAAGUACCCUCGCAGCUGGAGGAGCAGGAGGUGAUUGAACUUGUACCCAAUAUCAUUCUGAAUCCAGGAUUUUUUGACGAAAGAACAGAACAUAUUCCGCAAGAUGAAAAUUUCAACAACCAAACUACCACACGUUUGAACAAUAACAGCGUUGUGCAACCUAUGCGACUUUAGCGAUUUAAUACUUAGAUUUCUGUGGCUAAUUUUUUAUUAACAAGUGGCUUGAGCACAAUUUAUGUGUCACCUUAAACGUAAGUAACUGGAAUUACAAGAGGCCUCGAAUCCACCCAAUAUCGCGCAGAAUGUAGAAUCGGGUAAGCGGUGAGAGGAUGAUAAUCAUCGCGAAAACUGAGAAUUUGUUUUAUUUAUAGUCAGAAAAUUGAGAAAUGCAUCAUACAUUCUGAGUAUUCUAAGGAAGUCAACUUUUCACUUACAAUACAAUGUAAAGUGUUCAAAGCAUAUGUAAGACUCUGCUAGGUUUUGUGAAACGGAGUAGAAAACAUUUUUGAAGAUGUUUACAAGGAAGUUCCAACAUUAAAAUCCGAUGUUAUUGCUCAUUAAUCGAGCUUAAAGUCAAGAACUCCUGUAAGCCAAACAAAUAUUCUUAGUAAGACUGUAAUUCUAAGAACAAAAAACGAAAUUACUGAAAAAUUAAAGUUCGUAUGGCGUUAAUAUAAGUGGCAUAUAUUGGUCUUACAUUCUGCAUGAACAUGACAUGUUUUUACAAUUAUUUUUAAUCGUUAUUACCGGACACAAGCGAAAUUUUAAGGGACAAUAUCAUGCAGAAAGUAAGAUUAUUACAAACUACACAUAAUCGGAAUAAACAAAUUUUGUCAGACGUGAGGUAUGAUAAAGGCUUGCUUACUGCCGUUUUAAGGUGUGCAGAAGUCGUUGGUAAGAAAGUUCCUUUUUUUGUGUCUUUUAAAGAUCUAUUUUUUUUUUUUAUUUAUUAUUAUAAGGAUUCAUUGUUUUUGUUUUUAAAGAAUAUGUUGAGAAUUUUUUCUUCCAAAGAAUUUAAGAUUACUAAACAAUGCACCAUAUACUCUUUCUGGAAAAAAUCCUGCGAAUCAGAGAGUGUACAGUGUAAAAAUUAUGGUACUCUAAUUGAAAAGUAAUUCUACUAUGUUAGCAUUAUUUAUAGUAAUAUUAUAUUCUUCAUACUUUUAACUUUGCAUGCAAUCAUUCAAGAUAAUAUGUAAUGCUUCAACAUGCUUUUGCACUACCUUAAUAACAAAUGCAAUAUUUACCGCUACAGAGUUGUAAAAAAACUAUAAAAUCAAAUUUUAUCAAAAAACAAGAUUUUAAAAAGCGCAAAAUAGCACAAUUUUUCGGAUGAUAAGUUUCAGUAUCAGAACUUUUUAGAAAAGUAAAGAAAUUCAUCGAUAAUCUUCGUGAUAUUCAGCGAAUAAGAAUUAUUCCUGGGCAUUGCGCGUUUCAGUUCAAUUCAUUCCAUUCAGGUUAGCAGUAAUUAUAGGAUAAAGUAGAAUAAGUUAAAAUAUUUUGGAUAUCACCUUUGAUAGAAUCAAGUUUGAUAAUCGAUUGUUGAAACAGAUCUUUUUCCAGAUAUUCAUUUUCUAUGAUACAAAUAUUGUCGUCUUAUUCAAAUUGCAUAACAAAUUCAACUUAGUCAAUCAAGGAAGGUUGAUGAUUUUGAUAAACGUUCUUCCUGUACAAAUACAUAGUUAUUUUCCACAAUUUACAAGUAGUAUCAUAUCAGAAUUCGUCAUUAUGCAAAACACCUUAUUAUAAACAUACGUAGUAGCGAGUGCUUAGCAUUGAGGCUUUUCUUAAUUCUUUACCUAAAGUUCUCAGGAAAAAUUGAGAGAUAUGUUUUGUGAUCGUUGUUGUUCUUUUCGUUUAAAUUAAGUUCGAUUAAGGCUCCCCACGUGGCGAAUAUAGAACUGGUUGUGGAAAUUGAUUCUCGUAAUUAGUCUUUCAUCUGUUAUUAGUAAAGUUCAUAUUGUGAGAAACAUAAUACCUUAAUGACUCUACUUAAAACAAUUGUAUAAGUUAAUAUCUUGCUUUUGUCAAUAUAAGAAACUGACAAAAAGCAAUUUGGUGCACGCAGGUUGUAUAAAUAUUGGUUGUGCGUUGUUACAUUGAAGCUUUAUGAUCUGUUCCUCCCUUUAGCAUAAUAUUACAGGGAUGAACAGACUCAGUUCGGCUUCGUACUAUGCACUCUGUGUUGUGAAUGGUAUAUAUACGCGCUAAUGAAAAAAAAAUAAUACGAUAAUAACAAUAAUGAUAACGAUAUAAAUAUAUAUAUAUAUUUAUAUAGCCGAGGCAUCGUAAUAUUUUAGCUAUAAGCAAAGACAAUUUUUUAUAUAAAUAAUAAUAAUGCUGAAAUGCAGUGAUGAAUAUUUAUCUACAUAUUCAUAUAGAUAAUUUUGUGCUAUGAUAUCGAGCUUCAAGAGUGAUCUAGUAGAUUUGCCCAUUAAGAGUAUUUCUUGUAGAAUAUCAUGUUCCUUCUUUCUUGCAGAAGAGUCGUGUUAUAUAUUCUUUCAUCGAGACACUGUAUAAAAUAACCAUCAUUUUGACAAAUUUUAACCAAUACAAUAUUUUUAAAUAUGAAUAAUACGUAUACAUAAAAUAAUGGUAUUCAUUUUCUACGCAGAAGAAAGGGUGUUUAAUUUAAAAAAUACAGCAAUAAUAUAUUCACCAAUUCGGAACACGACCCUUCACGUUUCAUGCACAUUCAGAUUAAAAUAUGAUCACUUGUUUCUGCUAACUAACAUAACAAUAGAUGUACUGUAACUUAAAUGUUUAACUGUCUCUAUCAAAGCUAUCUGGUGAAGGCAUAGGUUUUACAUUUAGUGGCAUUAAUAUCGUGAAACCUGAUAAAAAAAAGUAUAAAUGGUACUUGGAAUAUAAAAUGAAAAAUUAUUCUUAUAACUACUGGCUGCUAUAAGAACUAACAUUAAAGCUUAGUCAUCUGGGUUCAGAAUUCUGCCAUUGCAUAUUAUAGAAGAUCAGCAUAUCUACCUAUGCAAUAUAGGAUGUUCAUGAAAUCACUUUCAUUAUAUUAGGAAUACAAUCAGUAAAGUAAUAUCAUUAAAACCAAGAGUAAAACUAUAAGAUAAUAAUUAUAAUUCUUUCUUUGAGGAUAUAUAGUCACUUUUUUAUCACGAGUAUUAUGUUUUUUUAAUUAGAUACUUUAAAUUAAUUAUAACAUUGAUAGUAAAAUCAAAAAUAUGUUGCUAAAUUUAAUUCUAUAUAGACAUUUUUUACCUUUAUAUACCAAAAAAUUAAUCAGAUCCUAUGACAGCAUUAAAUAGAUAUAUUUUUAUGAGGUAGAUUACAAUAGUACAAACCUUAAUAAUUAUGGCAAAUAUUUUAUGUUUUUGUUUCAGAUUAUAUAAAUUUGGCAAAAAUUAAUAAUCUGUUAAAUUUCUAGGUAGUUUUGUUUUUAUGAUCAUGCAUUUUCAGAUAACAGAUGCUAUUAAGCACAAUGUGUGCAUAGGAUUUAUCAUUAUACCUCUGUAGUCAGAUGUAUUUCAUUGAUAUAUUUACUUCACAUAGCACAUGUGAAACAUAUAUUAAGUAAAGCACAAUACCAUAGAAUAGUGUAAUGGUUGCUGAUGGCACCAUGAAUCGUCCCUAACAUACAUAUUGCUUGCUGAUGACAUACCAGAAUAAACGGAAAUUUAAUGUGGUUUUUACAAAAAGCUUCAAGUUAGUUGUGCUUUUUAUAAAAAAGCCUUCUUUCAAUUUCUCAUCUGAGACUUUAUGUACAACAUCUGUAUUUACAAACGAAAGCAAUUGUAAAUACUUAAUAUUUCUUUACUUUUUGUAAAAACUACACAUCUGUCAUGUCAUUACCUAUUAGAUUAAUAAUGUUAGUUUAACAACCUUACAUUAAGUAAUGGUAACGGAGAUUUAUAAUGGUAAUUCCAGAAAUAAUGUUAUAGAAAAUAAGUAUUAAAUUUUAUAUUAGUUUGUGUUAAAUUAUACUGUGUUGUGUUAUAUAGGAGCCAAAGUAUUUUUGGUGAUUUCUUUACGUAAAUUAUUUGUUUUAUAAAAAUGAAAAAACGAAAACAUACAUAGGAAGCAACAUUUGUAUAUACUGUAAGCAUUAUUGUUUCAUUUCUGUAUUUUGUAUAAAUUGUUAUAUGUGCACGCUUGUUUAAUUUACUUUAUUUAUGUCAUAUAUAUUUAUAUAUAUAUAUAUAUAUAUUUAUCAUAUUAUUAUUAUUAUUUAAAAUCUGAUAAUACUCCAUGUCCAUAUAGUGUUGAGCGCUAUCUUAAACUCAAUGUUACCUUAAUUUUAAACUAGUGUAUGGACUCAUUCCAUUGCUCUUACACAUGGUUGUAAUAUUUAGAAAAAUGUUUUCCUAAUACUAACAUGUUCAUAGUUUAUUUUAUAAACUAUGAACAGUGCACAUUCCAUCACGUACAAAUCCUGUAUUAAGAAAGAACUAUAAAAAUGUAAUGUGCUUGAUUUAAAAGUUUAAGUAUUUUUGUGGAAAAAAAAUAAAGAAAGUCAAGGUUGUGCUUGAAUAUCUGAUACUAUCAUUAGUUAGAAUUUAGCUUUCAUACUACAGUUAAAAAAAAAAAACAAAUAUUAGUUACAUAUCAGACA